AUGACAUCUAGUCCUCCACCAUCAUCUUCCCAUGCAGUUCCAGUGAUUGAUACUGCAAAGGCACCCUCCUUCAAAGCUGUUGAUGAGCCCGAUAAGCUUCAAAGCUAUGCAUCCGCUCCGGGUAUCGUUGACGAUGUCACACGUGUGGUUGAUCACAAAGCCGAACGGCGCCUUUGUCGGCGAUUCGAUAUUCGGUUACUCCCAAUCCUAGCUAUCAUGUACUUGUUUAAUGCUCUUGACAAGGGAAACCUGGGAAAUGCUGAGACCGCUGGAAUGACUGAAGACCUUCACUUCAAGUCCGGUCAAUAUAACCUCCUAUUGUCAAUCUUCUUCGUACCCUUUGUGAUAUUUGCGGUGCCCUUCUCCAUGCUCGGAAAGAAGUUCAGUCCGGCCCGUGUUCUCCCCAUUCUGAUGUUUUCCUUUGGCUGUUUCACCUUGCUGUCAUCGGCCGCUCGAAACUUCGGUGGAAUCUUCGCUUUGCGUUGGUUCCUGGGCAUGUCAGAAGCGGCGUUUUUCCCUCUGGUCAUUUACUACCUAACCACCUUCUACCGCCGUGGAGAGCUGGCUCGUCGACUGGCCAUUUUCUACGCCGCAUCUAACAUCGCCAAUGCCUUUUCUGGAUUAAUUGCCUUUGGAGUGUUUCAGAUUAAAGGGUCUAGUAUUCCCAACUGGCGCUAUCUCUUCAUCAUCGAAGGGUCAGUGACCGUUCUGUUCUCAACAUUCGCCUUCUUUUAUUUACCCAGAAGUGCCGCCGAGGCCAGCUUCCUGUCCGAGGAGGAAAAAGCCCUGGCUUUUCAUCGUAUCCAAGUCGAUUCCAGUGCAGUGGUGAAUGAGAAAUUCCGCUUUCGUGAAGCGAUUGCUAUUUUCAAACAUCCCACGACUUACGUUUUCCUCUGUAUUGAAAUUUGCCUGGGAGUGCCACUACAGGGUGUUGCACUUUUCAUGCCACAGAUUGUGGCCCGACUAGGUUAUCCGACUGUCAAAACCAACCUCUAUACUGUUGCGCCCAACGUCACUGGAGCCGUGAUGCUACUUGUUCUAGCGUUUAUGUCAGAUGCGACACGAUUACGAUCGCCCUUUAUUGUACUUGGAUUCCUUUUCACAUUUACUGGAUUCAUGAUUUAUGCUUCCAUCGACAACGUUCAUCAGGAGUUGCAGCUGGCUUACUUUGCUACAUUUAUGAUGACAUGGGGUACAUCAGCUCCUUCCGUGAUGCUAAGUACAUGGUACAACAACAAUAUUGCCCACGAAGGACGUCGAGUCCUUCUUACGAGUAUCGGUGUGCCAUUGGCCAACCUAAUGGGAUUGGUCGCGAGCAAUGUGUUCCGAGAGCAAGAUGCGCCCAAGUAUAUGCCUGCCUUGAUCACUGUCUCAGCCUUUGGGGCAACAGGAGCCUGCCUGGCGGGUCUAUUGGCGUUAUACAUGUGGCUGGAUAAUAAACGACGGGAUCGUCGUGAUGGAGUCACGGUUCAAGCGCGGGAUAUUCCCACAGACCGACUACGAGAUGGACCAUCAUCGCCUGAAUUCCGCUGGUUUCUGUGA